AUGCAGGGCCCACAGUACCGGUAUGCAGGGCCCACAGUACCGGUAUGCAGGGCCCACAGUACCGGUAUGCAGGGCCCACAGUACCUGUAUGCAGGGCCCACAGUACCUGUAUGCAGGGCCCACAGUACCGGUAUGCAGGGCCCACAGUACCUGUAUGCAGGGCCCACAGUACCGGUAUGCAGGGCCCACAGUACCGGUAUGCAGGGCCCACAGUACCGGUAUGCAGGGCCCACAGUACCGGUAUGCAGGGCCCACAGUACCUGUAUGCAGGGCCCACAGUACCGGUAUGCAGGGCCCACAGUACCGGUAUGCAGGGCCCACAGUACCGGUAUGCAGGGCCCACAGUACCGGUAUGCAGGGCCCACAGUACCGGUAUGCAGGGCCCACAGUACCGGUAUGCAGGGCCCACAGUACCGGUAUGCAGGGCCCACAGUACCUGUAGCAGGGCCCACAGUACCGGUAUGCAGGGCCCACAGUACCGGUAUGCAGGGCCCACAGUACCGGUAUGCAGGGCCCACAGUACCGGUAUGCAGGGCCCACAGUACCGGUAUGCAGGGCCCACAGUACCGUGCACAGACGGCGCUCCAUACCAUCGCAUCAGUGUGUGUGUGUGUGGGGGGGGGAGUCGGGGGGAGACGAGGGUUGGAGGAAGAGGGGUGA